GGAAAAUGCGCCCGCAUCAUUACGACAGAGCUGCAGCCUGCUCGCAGGACGCAGCAUUGCUACCUAUAUAAAAGCCAUUGAGUCCCAUUAACCAUUGAUACAGUAUAACCUCAGAUACUUCAGAUACUCUUAGGUCGAUCCCAUCUCUCCAGUCGCCAUGGUCGCCCUCGACAUCGUGCACGCGUCAAACGCCCAGCUUCGAGAACUGGGACCCGGUCUUGUAGCUCUCUUCGUUGGAGGUACAUCAGGAAUCGGGGAAUAUACCGCUAAGGCAUUCGUGCGAAAUACCGUGUCGCCGCACGUGUAUCUCGUGGGCCGCAACGCUGCAGCUGCAGAGCGCAUCAUUCAUGAAUGCAAAGCGUUGAAUCACGAUGGCAAUGUGGAGUUUCUGAAAGCUGAUGUGACAGAGUUGGGAGAGGUAGACCGCGUAUGUCAGGAGGUCGGGAAGAGGGAGAAGCAUAUCAAUCUCUUGGUUCAAAGUCAAGGGAACAUGACGUUGAAGGGGCGCGAUGAAAACUCCGAAGGGCUGGAUAGGAAGUUCACUCUCAAUUACUAUUCUCGCAUGCGCUUCAUCACGAACUUACUUCCUCUCCUCCGAAACGCAACUUCGACCCCUCCGCAUUUCUCACGUAUCCUAUCGAUCCUGAGCGCAGGGACGGAAGGCCGAGUUAAUUUCGAGGAUCUGGAGCUGAAGAAUACCUUCUCGAGGAUGCGAUGUGCAACGCAUACGAUCGUCAUGAACGAUUUCAUGGCGGAGGAAUUCGCGGCUCGCGAACCGCGCACUUCGUUCAUACAUUCGGCUCCCUUGGCCGUGAAUACGGGGCUUGCGAGGGAGUUGCCGCUUUGGGCUAGGCUCCCUAUUAAGGCUUUGUCUCCGCUGAUGGCUCCGUUCAUGGUGGGUGCGGACGAGACCGGGGCGAGACAGCUUUUCAUUGCUACGAGUGGUCUGUUCCCGCCUGCGAAACCUGCUGGAGAUUCGGUCCUCGCUGCUGGUGUACCAGUCCCUAAGGGCCUAUCUGUUGCGAAGGGAGCGAAUGGAAAGGUAGGGAGUGGAGGCUAUCUUGUGAAUUGGAAUGGCGAGAUCACUGGGAAAGAGGCGCUGUUGAAGGAAUAUCACGACAAGGGUGUUGGGAAAAUUGUGUGGGAGCAUACGAUGGGGAUCUUUGACAGAGUGGAGAAGAUCAAUCAGGCAAAAGCCGACGUCAAGUGACGACUACGUGCCAAGUGCACCCGUUGAAAGGCUUCGGAUAUUGCUCGAGCCAAGUUGGGUUUCAGAUUUAUUUCCUCCGUAUUGGAUUUUUCGCUCAGCUGUGUACUAAAUAACCU